AUGUACCUCAAAUAUUACCUAGACUCUGAUUGCAAGCGUGUAUAUACCAUGAAGAACAAGGGGCCAAAUGGUGAAUUUUGUGUUACGGCACACCCUGCUAGAUUUUCACCUGAAGAUAAGUAUUCUAAACAUAGAAUUGCCUUGAAAAAACGGUUUGGCUUAUUCAUGUCCUAA